UUAGGUGUUUGAGUACGACAAUCCACUUGAGCCUCGUGCCAUGGCGAGACUUCUGGGCUUCGGUUUGGCCCUGGUGGUCGCUGGAACGGCUUGGACGGCUUUCUGCGGUUGGGCCACCUCUGGCCUUUCCUCGCGGAGUGGGACGGCUCUGUGGGCACAGCCCAACUUCGGAGAUAUUUUGGGAUCUGUGGGCAAAGUGGGUGAAGCGAUGAAGAAGAUGCCCGAGCUACAGAAACGUCUCCGCGAAACGCCCUCCACGGGCUCUGCGCUUGGGGGAAAGGUCAAAGUGACUUUGAGUGGCGAUUUGGCUCCGUUGAGUGUUGAGAUGGAUGAAGAAUUGAUGGAAGAAGGUUUGACUAGCAAGGUCUUGGCGGAUGCGGUCUUCGUGGCAAUUAAGGAAGCACACAAUGCAUCCUUAGAACUCUCCAGGACUGAGCUGUCCAAGUUCUACAAGGAAAUGGGGAUGCCUGUGCCUGGUGCUGGAGGCAUGCCUGGCGUGGGCGGUGGCCUCCCAGCGAAGCCAGCGGCACCCGCCGCCCCGGCGCCACCGCCGAUGGAGUUCGACCCGGCAGGGAUUGGACCACGCAUUGUGGACUAAGGCGCACCACCGCGCAGGCCGUCGCAGGCGACCUUGACAUUCUGCACACCGCGGUGGGCCAUGGCCAAACUUCUCCUGUGAGGAUUCAGAUCAGGGCUGGCCAAAGCAUGCAGUCAUGGCUUACAAUCAUGCUAGGUCCGCUGUUAGGGGAUGAACUGCAGAAGCUCCAUGUUGGGCGGUUGUUGCAGUUCCCUGCUCUGCCUAAUGACCGCAC